AUGAGGCACAGUUUCAUCUCCUGGUCCUUGCAACAGUUAAUAAGUGAUGACUUUUUUCUGUUGCAGAACAUAAGUGAUGGUACAGUGCUGUUUAAAGUUAGUGCAACAGACGCAGACGAAAAUGCUUUCGUGACAUACUCUAUUGACGAGGUUGUGCCAGGCAGUGCUGGAAACCAGGAUCUUUUUGUUAUUGAGAGAAAUGGAGAUGUCAAGCUCAAUGGCACGUUAAACUACAACGACAAAAGCACCUACUAUCAGCUGCAAAUCAGAGCCACGGACAAUGGUGGGAUACUCUAUGGUAAUUUUAUUUAUCAAAGCAGCUUAGCCUAUGGAUUCAUUAAUGUUAAAGAUGUCCCUGACAGGAACCCAGUCUUUUUAAACGCACCCUAUCAGACCUCCGUUGAAGAACACACACCUGUUGGCCAUUCUGUGUUUACAGUGAAAGCGGUUGAUGGUGACAAAGGAAUCAACGACAUAAUCCUCUAUUCCAUUGAUGGUAAGCACUGCAGAGAGUUUAAAGCAUGGGCUACGGAGAAAGAAAAUAACAUACAUGGACAACCAGCAAAAACAUCAACCAAUGUGACAAUCAGUAUUACUGACCUCAAUGACAACAGACCUGAGUUCUACAACUGCAAGGCGGAAUGUGAUUACAGCAGUGAUAAGCAGGACAGCUUCACUGGCUACAUCGAGGAACAUUCCUCCAUGGGGGUGUCAGUGGCCAACCUGACCAUCGUAGCCCGAGAUCCGGAUGAGGGAGUUAAUGCCAGGUUUGUAUUGACCCUACAAGGACCAAAUGCCAAAGCCUUCUCAGUAGCUCCGAAAGAUGUCUUUGGAAGCAGCCAGGUGCAGAUUCAGGUCUUGAUCCCAAAUGACGUUGACUAUGAGAAAGAACAUACCAUGAGUGUAGAGAUCAUUGCCAAUGACACAGGGAGAGGGGUUGACUGCUGUUCUACUGCGUCCGUUACUAUCCACCUCAUUGACAUUAAUGACAACAGACCAACUUUUCAGAACGAAACCUACCAGCUACAAGUGAAGGAAAAGAGUGAAGCGGGAACAGUCAUAGCAACCAUCACAGCUAGCGAUCCUGACACAGAGGACAACGACAAAAUCACCUACAGACUUCUACCUGAGAGCAUAUUACAAUUCUUUGCAGUUGGCGAAAAAACUGGGAUAAUCACUGUUAAGAAUUCAGGAAAUCUGGACAGAGAAACACGCUCGGUUUACUUUGCCACUUUACAAGCAACUGACACUGUGAAUAACGUAGGAACCACCGUGCUGGAAAUCAAUCUCCUGGACAUUAAUGACCAGAUCCCCAAAAUGGCCAGGGACUCUUACAUAGUCUUUGUUAAAGAAGGACCUGACGAGAAACUAGACCUUAAGAUUGAGGCUUUUGACAACGACGAACCGGAAACUAACAACAGCGUUGUUCGGUACAGGAUAGAAGAGAGUGAGUUCAGUAACAACUUCACCAUCAAUGAAGAGACAGGCGUGGUAACAAUAAAUGGGGCUUUGGACAGAGAGGCCAUGGAACCUUCGUUAAAUGGAAAAAUUCACUUGACAGUGACGGCAUAUGAUUGGGGACAUCCAAGUCUGUCCUCAUCCGUUAACGUGACUAUCAAUAUAGAGGACAUCAACGAUAAUAACCCAGUGUUCACCGAAACUGUGUAUCAGUGCUCUGUACGAGAGAGUGAUAAAGGUGCUUAUGUGGGGUUUGUGCAAGCCACGGAUCAGGACCAGACAGAAAUCAACAACCGUAUCUCCUUCCGAAUAACUGACGGCAGCUUCGGCAACUUCAUCAUUCGCACUUUCCAAAGCAACGACGGUUACAGGGGCAACGUCACAGUGGACCCUGACAUUGAACUAGAUUACGAAAAAAAUAAGAAAUUCACUCUGACCAUCGAAGCCACGGACCUCGGUCAGAAUUCUGCCACCGCCACCAUGGAGGUAACCGUCCAGGAUGUCAACGAUGAACGGCCGACUCUCGACGUCCAGUCUCUCACUGACGUGAGCGUGAAGGAGAACAGAUCCACAAGUGGGGUGGUGAGAAACAUAACCGGGGCUGAUUCUGACACCAAUCACUCUCUGGUUUAUGAGCUUCUGGAAGUGACCUGCCAAUGUAACAACGACGUCCCUGAAAAUGAGUGCCUGGACUGGUUUUGGCUGAGUCCAGAAGGCUCAGUGACAGUGAACGACAGCUCUGUGAUCGAUUAUGAGGCCUGUCAUUAUGUCAGGAUGAAAGUACAAGUGGUAGAUACGCUUACAGAGAAAGGGCAAAAUCACAGCACUUCAGGGAUAUUGAAAAUCGACAUUGUUGACAUCAACGACAACGCUCCAGAAUUCAUUUCAGACGAGAAGUUGUUUGUGUUGGUCCCAGAAGUUGAUGGCAAAGAUACUGAAGUGGCAAAUGUGUCUGCCAGUGACCGUGAUUCUGGACAAAAUAAAGUUAUAAUAUUCUCACUUCAGCAAGUUGAGUUUAUCUCAUCUGAGGGCUUGACUACAACCUUGACAGGCAUUUUCAAAAUAGAGACUACAAUUGAAAAUGGCAUCUAUAAGGGAAUUAUAAGGAUUGAAAACACCCUUAACAAUGCAUUGAAAGGAAAGUACAAGGUAACAGUCCUGGCUAAAGACUCUGGAAGCCCAGCCUUGGAAACCACAAUGCAGCUUGACAUCUUUACAAUUGACACAAGUUACCGUGUUGACCUCCGGUUUACAUCGUCUGCUGAUGAAAUCAGGAAAAACAUCAUUCCCAUCACCAGCAUUUUGUCUGGAGCCACCAAUGCAAAAGUGCACGUUGUGCAAAUUGAACAGGAAACGAGUCUAAGAGUCACAGCGAUUUCCACCAUGUCUGCAUACUUUGUGUACCAAAAUGGAUCGGCUAUUAUUCCCAAAGACAUUAUCAAUGUUCUUCAGAGUGACGUUCAGGCAUUUCAAGAGCUUAACAAAUACGGCUUAGUGUACGUUGACUCGGGGUCGCAAAAGGAGCCUGAGAGUCAGAAUGUGCUCAUUGGUGUGAUAGCAGGCUUAAUUGGGGCUCUGAUUCUUGUGGUGGCUGCCAUGAUAACCGCUCUGGUUUGCACCAGUAAAAGCUACAAAAGAAAACUGAAGGCUGUCCAUGCACUGAAGUCAGUUAACUCAAACAUGGCAGACAACCUUCAGAGUGGACUUGUGGUUCCCGGGACUAACAAGUACACCAUGGAUGGGGCUAACCCUGUGUUGAAUUUGAAUAUUGACUCUGCCACUGACCUGGGUUUUGAUGAAGAGAGCGCUGAUCGAGUAAGCCUGAACUCACUGGACAACAAUGAUGAUCUGAACAUAUCAGAAAAAGACUCAACGCAUUUGAUGAUUAUUGAAGAAGAGGAGGAGGAAUUCACUGAGCAGCCGUAUAUUGAGCCCCUAGAUCAAGCUCUAGCUCUGCACAACAAGGAAAAUGAAACCAACGACACCUACACCUUCACUAACCCCGCCCUCGACACCACCGAUCUCUAAGGAACGGAAUGGACAGCACAGCUCAUUCUCAGCAGCAAGCCUUGAUUAAAAAAUAUAUAUCAUUCCUGCUGGUUUGUUGUGCAAUAAAAUACUAAAUAAAAAAUACAGCAUUUUAGCAUUUGGCCGCUAGUAGUGCCGUUAAUAGAUAAUCCCGCUAAUCGAUCAAUUGUUUGAUUUUUGAUACUUUGCUCCUCAGAAUGUACUUGUGUUUUUUUCUUUCUGAUCUACAGUAAUGCAAAACAUUUUUACACAUUUUUGUCUUGCUUUGUUUACCAAAUGCAUCUGGGUCAACCUUCUGCCCCCACCAGUUCUCUGAUAGAAUCAGGAGAAGCAUUUCCAUUGGAAAGUCAUGUUAACCAUUUCAAUGUGCAUAUCGGAAUCUAAAGUUGUGUUCCCCUGGUGAAUAUAUUUGAACUGCAAUUCAUGUUUUUCUUGCAUGUAAUAUCCUUGUGGAUUUUGGAGGGUCAGCUGCAGUCUUGCUAGACCACCAUAUAACCUGCUCGUUCGUCAUUGUGUUUGCAGACCCAUGCUUGACUACACAAUGAGCUUUACAGACUCACUUUGUUUGCUCUUCUGCCAUUGUUGUGUAAGAUGUUCACAGAUUUGCAAAUAAGCUCUAAUUAUAAUUUUUUGUGUAUUUUACAGAAAACUAAUUUAUUUGUAUAAUGUAAAUAUAAUGCUUGUGCAUUUUUGUUUGUCAAUGAAUGUCCUGAAGAUUCUGGAUAAUCUGGUCUUACUAGUCAAUGUUUUUAGUGUGUACUCUAUAGUAAAAUAUGUGUAAUGAACUGGAGAGGACAUGCAACUCCUACAUUAUUAGCAUGUAAUUAACUCUUUAUUUAA